UCAAUCUGUGGUCCUUCCCAAGGAUUCACUUCGCUUUGUCUUUUUUUUUGUUAUGUAUUUUCCAAGUUUGUACCGUUUUUUUAGAAAAAGCCCAUUUUUAAGAAGCUUUACAUUUACUAGCAAGAUUUUUACCUUGACUGAUAGAUAGCAGGGUAGACGGCGUAUACGUAGGAAUAGUGCCAAUACUCUUCCACGACCACGUUCAAUAACAUCUCACUCAAGACCUACAACUAGGUUUCCGCAGAUACAGCUGCACAAAAACUACACGAAAAGGAGGAGUUCAUCUGCACUGCAACGACCACGACCACGCACGUCAGCUUCAACAUCUCUUCGACUACAUCGGGUCGCUCCUCCUGUCACGCCAGUUGGAAGAACAUCGACAACGAGGACAAUGUCAAUGGCGCAACCGACCAGGCCGGCGGGGGGCCGACGAGGUGCAGCCGACCGCUCGGCAAGUUCGGCGAGGAAUCGUGCGCCGUGCGCUCCUGCCGCCCACAAGGUACCUAACUCAUUCUCAAUCUAAGCAACGCACUCGCCACAUCACAUUCUAGGCGUCACAAAUAGGACUAGGUCGCGCAGCACCAGCGCGAACCUCGUGAGGGCCGGAAUGGGCUAGCCACCUCUGUGGUGCCAUUUUUGUUCUCCCGUGGCCAGCCCUUGCCUACAAAAAUGGAUGACACCGCAGGAGCGCAGCAGACACGCAGCCAAUGCCCACGCCGAUAUCCAUGUACGACCUGGAGAGGGAGGCGAAGAUGACGCGCGCAUGCUAGAGAAGCACGCGCGGCUUGUUGCUCACCCUUUUUUAUGUUCCCACACUAGCAAGGCACAUCGACAUCCUGACGUCUAUGACGCUAAUAUGUAGAAUCUAGCAGGCUCGCAGCCCCUCUCUCCGGCGACGUGGUGGCCCGCCACUGCCCGCUAGCGACCUCUGUUGGGGAGGGUCCGGGACUUGUUGCAGCCUCUGUUGCGCCCGGCUCUGCGACCUCUCGUCGCAGUGCUGGAGCACGGUUCGACCCACGUCUGUGGGCGGACAAGUGCGACGCCCGCAGCCACCUGUGUGGCGCGGACGUCGCGGCGCGGUCCCUGCUGCACGCCUCGCUGCUGUAUCUAGUAGUAGUACACAAGACGCUGCGAAGCAGCGCAGAUACGCCUUUACUUAUACAGAGCCGGAGUUCCACCACUGUGAAGGGUGUGACCUUUUGAGAGCAUACAGAGUAAAGCUGGCAGCCGUCGAGGGGCGCCAGCGCUCUGGGGAUUUGGGAAGAAGUUUGCGUUCGCGCCACGAUAUAGCAAAUUCUACCCAAAUUACAUCAUGGAUCAGGUACCAACAGGGCGGAAGGACCAGGAUCCUUGCAAGAACGGGCCGUGUGGUCGUUGUACUGGCUGCUCCUCCUGUAAUUCCUGGUGUUGCUCGGUGACCACAGCCAUGUCGUCCUUUACGCUGGUGCAGACACCCAGCGUGGCGAUCCACGUGCAAGAAUCGGAGAAAAAGUAUGAGAGCGCAGCACAACUCUUCGUCUUUCUCCUCCUCGAGCCCACAUACUGUAUAUUAUACAGUAUGUGGCUAUAAUUUGUACUUGCGUGAAAAUGUGAUAUCUUUACCUCCUAGCGCUAGCACUGUUUGCGCAACACCAGGUCGUUCUGGCAUCCAAAGAAACAGUACUAUGUGUAAUCCUAUGCGAAUUUGUCAUGCGAAACCAGCAGCCGAGCCCGAGCCAGCCCGACGCAAGCAUGAUUUGUAUUUUUGUUUAUGCCCUUGCUUGCCCUACAAAUGACAAUGAGGCGGGGGAUAGUCGGAUGGACAGUUGUGCACUCUCAUAGAAAGCACGAUGGGUUUCCGACCUCUGCUCCAGCUCCUCCGUUCUCCGACAAGUCCGAAUUUUUGCCGGACCAUUCUGACUAUCAACUGCAAAUAUGUCGGUCUCUGGAAUAAACCUGUGAUGCUGAAUUGCGGAUACUGAGUUGUUCAAUUGCGCUUGCAAUGGCAGCCAAGCAUGACAAAUUUUGAUUUUCUUCUCAUCCCCCUAGCACGCAUUUAUUUUUACAAAUUGAAAUUCCGUUCUUGCACGACAAAUAAAGUUCAGCCUCUCAUGCAAAACAAAUUUCUCAGCAAUCGCAAUGCGAAUGCGAAUGCAAGACACGCAUUCCAGACCCAGACACAUAAUUUGCAAUGCAUACUCACCGGGUCCUCGAGGACACCUACGAGUUUAUCGACGAGUCGAAAACUAAGAGCUUCCCGCCGAAGAUGUCGACGACCCGUGUUGACGAGACACGAAAGAGAAAGACGCGGGACCCUGACCACGCGGAAGAUGUUUCCAGCAAAACUACUGCAGCUACGCCACAAUCCUACAUGGAACAUCAAGGACGGGGGAGGCAGAAGGCAACCCGCGAAACAGGGAAGUACGGGGAUGAAGCCGAUGAUCCCGCACUCGUUCGUAGGAGGAAAAAGCAAGCCGCAAGUAGUCCAGAUCAUGAACUUGACCAACCGGAACCGCGAGAUGAUGGAAGUGCAGGCAAUGGCCGCGCGCGUGGUGGUUCCAAGCCGCGCAGAGCUUCCAAGGGCAGCGAGGGUGCUUCACCGUCUCCUGCUUCACCACGCGGACCGCCCGAGUCGAUGAUUCAACGCCAGUUCUGGGAAGGGUUGCAGAAGAAAAAGCGACAGCGACAGGAAGUACAGCAGGUUGAGGAAGUUCAAGGUGAUAAUACAAAGAAAAAACCCACUGCAGGUGAGCAACCUCCAAACGCCGGGGCGGCCGAUCCUGAUGACCUCGAAGCGGCUCAAAACGCUAUUCUCGCGCUCGAGAGGGCUCUCAGCUCCGACUCGCUGGACGAGGGGGCGCAGGAUUUUCUCGAGCGAACAGAUGACGGAAAUGAAGAUGAAGCAUCUAACAAGUUCCCCUCUUACCUUCAGUGGAUGAGGAAGAGGAUGUUGGAGGGUAUUACGCCUAGCAGUAACGGUAGCCCUACUACCAAUCAUGCCACACCCGAGAAUACUGCGCCGAAUUGGUGGCAGCUUCAGGAGCAAGGUUUUAAAAGGAACCUGUACCUGAACUUGCGUUUUUGGCAAAUGGUGACAAACGCUUCUCGUCCCUCCAGUUUUCCUGCCAAGGCCGACAACCUUUACGACGUGUGGCGAAAAGAUGAAGGCUUUUCGGCGUGGUUGAAGAAGCAGCAGACGGCUGCAUGGGCCGACAGUCCAGAGUGGCAGAAAGCGGAAGCUACUUUAUGGGGAUCCACGACGACGAGCAGUGCUGAAGGACAAGCGGGGCAAAAGCCACUGACCGAAACUCCUCUCUUUCUGAUGGGUUUGGGAGAACAGUUUAUGCAGGCGCUCGGUGUCACAUUGCAAGACACCCUGAUCCUGCACGAUUGGGCGUACAUACUUUCCAAGCAUGCCGCCGCCAUGGGUUUUUUUUCCCAAGACGAAACCCGAACCAACAAGAACCAACUUCGUCACAUUUUUGACGCGGCGGCUGAUUUGAUGUCCGAUCCAUCUUUGAUACAAAAACAGAAUGCUGAUAGCACCCAGCAGCAGGACGAGUUGGCGAAACCCAAGGAGGUACAAGCAAUGGAGACGCUGCUACAGCAGCUGGUGAAAGAAUUAGGAAAAAGAAAAUCAAAAGUUGAAAAUGAAAAACAAACCGAGCAAGAAGCAGAAGCUACCCAUGUCAACCAGGGCCAAGGCGAGCACGGGAUUAAACAGGAGGAACAGGGACAGCAGAUGGACAAUAUGAAUUCGAUGAAAAAGAAAAUCAAAAAAUUAGUGGAAGCACUGGCUCCGAAGGCGGAUACAGAUGCGGGCACGCAGCAUGAAUUUCCUGAGGAAAUCUUGCAGGCCGUGAAGGGAUUGCGCGACGCCGCCACGAGUUUCACGUCCACGACCAAUGUCAAUGACAAUGCCGAGGAUGGCAAGGCGAAUGUCGGGCCACUUGAGAAAUUGAUUACGGACCUGUCUGUCCCGAUUAAAAGCGAGAAGUUGAAUGCGGGCACUUGGAUCACCCUGCUGCAGGAAGUCGAGGUGCUUGCUGGUAAGGAUCCACCGCCGUGUGAACUAGGCGUCCUGUACAAGGUCACAAAUGUCGUUGAUCAUGUCGCCAGUGUCGACGGUUUCGGUGAUAAUAGCGCACAAAAGAACUACGGAGGAGCCGGUGUCGGAACACAAGGGCAGCAGACGGAGAUACCGCCGCUGAACAAGAAGCUCGUGACUCUGGAGCAGGUCCGGCUUCCUGAUCAUUCUGAGGGCGGGGUGGAGAGCGGCGGGACCAAGAGUUUCACCGUGCUUCUCCACGAAAGCGAAACGUCAACCCAAUACAUGACGUUUGAUGAGCGCGCCCCUGUUUGGGUGGAACGAGGCGGAGCAGGAAAUGGGGUCGAGCAAAUAAAGAAAAUAAAAAUCUCUUCAGCGUCCAGCCCCCGCACCCAGGCGGACGCUGUGAAGAUCGGGGCUGAAGUUGUCAAGGACGCGUCGAGUACCUCGCUUCAGCUGUCAGGCCUGAGCGAUCUACUUCUUGACGAGUUUGCUGAUGUGUUCACCCGUGCGUCCUACGACAUCGAACUUGAAAAAAGUGUCCCUGGUGAAAAAACGGCGCCACCACCAUCACCAAAGACGGCCGGCGCAAAAGUCACUCAUGAGGAUAGCGAGAGCGGAGGGCCUGGAGGCACUCCCGCUUUGUACGAGGAACGAAAGCAGAAGACUGCGUCCCAUUUGAAGUUUUUCGUUGGCAUGCUGCAACAGUUCGCUACAAAGGGCUUGAGCAGCUACACCGGGGACGGGACGAGCCAGCGUGGUACGACAGGAAGCGGGCCACUUCGUGUCUAUCCGAUCCAGAAAAAUUACAUUAUCCAUCCUGACUUGGCGGAAAACCAGCUCCACAGCGGCAUCUCGUCGCAAGAAGAACGGAGUCCGAGCGAGCCUGUGCUCCGCCACCAGGCGGGGAAAGGUCUCCAGGCCCGACGGGUGGAUGCUGAAGUCUUCUUCUCGACUAUCACCGGACACGGGCAACCUGAACUACAGCGACCUGCCCCCCUCCGCGUGUUUGUGUGGCAUUUUCUUCGCCUCCUUGAUGCCGUAUUGCACGUGCAUCACCCAGUAAAAAUACAGAUCAAGGACGACUCAGCGGCAGGCGAGGAAGGAGGUACCAGCAGGGGGAUUGGGCUGGCGGAGAUCAGUAACUCUCUUCCUAGCACGGAUCCUGGCCAACAAAGAGUUCCUGACCUGUCUCCCGUUAUUGCGCCAUUGAGGCACAGCGGGACUUUAAAGGCUGUGCUUGCGGUAAAAAAUGCAGUGAUUAACCAGUUUCGCAGCGUGGCGCAAGCUCUCCCGAAAGAUGGCGAGCCGCAAGAUGAAGACGUGGAGCCGCUCGAGAAGGGGUUGGAAGAGGUAGCACGUGUGCAGGAUAUCUUCCAAAAGCAACUACAGGAACAAAUUUCCCAGCGUGGAACAUGCAGCGCACAUCAAAGCCGCACGGUUGCACUUUCGACAGCGUCCUCUUGGCUGCAGCGCGCGUCGUCACCACAAAAUGGGACGAGCCUGUAUUUUUCGAAAGAGGAACAACGAGGCCGAGGACCCCAGUCUUUGGCAGAUUACGUUACUAACAAUGCCACCUCCGACGUCCUCGCGCUGCCGCCCCAGCAGAGGACACAAGAAAUGUCCAUGUCCUUCACCCAGAUACAAGAAAAAAGAAGUUUUUCAUAUUCAUCAUCACCUCAGGAGUAUCGGGCUCACGCUAGUCUAUUGCCUCCGGGACCAUAUGAGCCGCAAAAAAUGCCUCACAAUCUGCCACAUAAUUUUUGACUGCCAUUGUUCGAAAGAUAAGAAUGCGCCAUGUUGUCUUUGCGUAGUGCACGACGCGCGCCGCGCAGUGCGCGCAACAGCCGGCAUUUGCGCCCGGGAGGACUGCGUAGCAGACCCUCGCGCCGUCCCCUCCUCCCGACUUUGUUGCCGCUGCCUCUCUGCAACAGGAGAACGCGACCAGACCCAGCGCCCGAGGCUCGGCAGCACUUCCCUCCAUUGCCAGCCUUCCGUCGGCUGCCCAGAAGAUAGGCCUUACGGCCUUUCCAAUUUUGCAGGCCGCGCCAAGAACGAGGCGCGCUCCCCUUCGCGAAUGCCGUCUCUUGGAUCAGGGUACGCUCGGACUCACGCACGCUUCGUGCGGAGGUGCGACGACCGUGCCAAGGUUCUGCCGCGUCGCCCGCGGGAAAUCUGUCGCGGCGCCCAGGCUCACAGGGAGGCUUCGCGAAAUCCGCCAAAAAGAUUUUUUUUUUUUUAAAUCUCGCGGAGAACCCGACCUCCGAUUCCGGAAAAUGCGCGACAAAGCCCCCGCAAGGUUCUGCCCAAACAGAAAAUCCAGGUCACGAAAACGGCCGCAAAAUCCGCUGCAAAAACGCCCGCAAAAAAAAUUUUGGCGCUGCAAAAAUCGCCCGCAAAAUCACCCGCAAAAACUGCCUUAAAAUCCGAAAACGCAAAAACAAUCCCAAAUCCACUGUAAAAAUUUUGCGGCAGUUUUUCGCAGCAGUUUUUCGGCUCGCCAAAAAUUUUUUGCGGCAGUUUUGGCGGUCGAUUUUUUGGCAGGCUUUCGGAGAAGGAGAAAUUUUUGGCGGGCGAUUUUGCGGCAGUUUUCGAGCCACCAAAAAUUUUUUGCGGCCGGCAGUGUUUUGCGGCCGAUUCUGCAUUACCUGCAGAGAGGGCAGAUGGCGUGGCCGGCUACGCGUUCGCCUUACCUUCGGCCACGCCGAGCGAAUUUUGUACCGCCCCGGCAAAAGUUACAAGCUGCUUUGCCUUUGCCUCAAGAAUGGCUGGGCGCGGGCGCGUGGCCCGCGCCCGCGCCGGUCAAAUCAGGCGCCCGGCCCUGUAGCUGCGCGCAGCCUUACCGCCGGCGCGGCAAUUGAUUCACACAUGGCAAGGGUAUUUCGGUAGCCCGCUCACACCCGAAGCGUCACGCAGAGGGACCGCGGCGCCCCCCCGGCCCCGGAAUAUGGCAGGUUGGGGCACCGUUAUCGUGUGUCGGCGCUUUCGUGGGGCGGCAGCAACCAAUGCCCCUGUUGCGUUUUGGGAUCCCCCAGCCUUCGGCUGGUAGCACAAAGGGGCGGCGUGUUUCGGUGUGCAUUCGCGCCCCGACCCUUUUAGAACGAAGGGCCGCGCUGGGGCUCUUGCAGAGACUAAAGAGAAGCCCCCGCAGCAGCGCUCUUUCGCUUAAUUUGGCCCUGGCAUUGGUUUCGCAGUUGAAAAUUUUGAGGCAGAUUUUGAGGCAGAUUCUGGGCAUGAUACGACGCGACCAAGGAGCAACUGGGAGCAUCUGGAGGAUGUUAGGGCCUGGGCCGGAGCGCGUCUAGCCGACGCUAAAGCGGGCAUCCAGCCGAUGCUAGAGAAAGAAACAAGAACCGAACACAAGCCGUCACAACCAAGUGGAAGCCAGUCGCCGCAGUCGUACAGCGACAUGAUGGCGCAGGAGCGGAUUUCAUUGCAAGACCUGAUUAGAGAACAGAGAAGCUUCCUUGCAACCCAUCUAGAAAAGCUCGAAUCUCAGAUGCAGUCCCUUGUUAAUGAUAUUAGCAUUAGCCGCGGCAAGGGCAACUCUGGGACUGGGCCUACCAUCAUCGGCAAAAAUUCAAUAGAGGAAAAGCAGGCCCUCCUGGGCAAGCUAGUGGAAAGAGUCGAGUAUGUGUACAAUCACAUGCAGAGCCUGCCGCGCCGGGAGUACGUACUCGCGAUACACCAAGACGCAGGCCAAGUUCCCUCGUGCGCCAUCUUGGGCGGCACAUUUGAGCUUGUUCACUUGCCGCCAGCGAAUAAGAAUCAUGCCAGCACACUGCCCAUGUGUGUACUUGGCGCUGACGCAGCCACGCCUUCGCAGGGGACACCACAUAAACAAGCAAGGUUAAUAACGAUCGCGGGCAGGGGCAUCACGCAAAAAAUGGAAGUGGGAGUGGGUUGUUGUCACCGCACGGCGCGCUUUUGCACAAAUUAUUCGUUGCCAUGUUGUUGCUGCUGUACGUGCUGCAAAACAUGUUGCGGAGGAGAUGAGACGACCAAGGCGCGCUAUAGAAAAGCGUCUGAAAAUUCAAACAAAAGCACCGACGAACAGGACGCAUGGCUCCUCGAGCGCAUCGGUGAUGACGAUCCGGGCCUCUCGAAGAGCUCAUGUUCGUGUCGUGCGAUGUGUGGCGAAUGUUGUGCUGAGAUGACCGCGUGCAAUCGCUGGUUUCAGACUGAGGCGGCAGAACAUAGUAAAAAAGCCUGCUGUGGUCCCCAAUGCAUGCUGCGAGAAUAUCUCUGCGCGGACUAGGGAUGGAAAAUGUAGAAAAGUUUCAUACCUAUAAAGUACUAGCUAGCACGGCCGGGCACUGUUAUGAGCACGAUUACGGUCAUUCUUCGCAUUUUGUGGCGUCCCCGCUAGCACGGUCGGACCGUGCUAGAAAAGCAGCCAGCCGCGUGCUAGUAGUGCCUAUGUGGGCGAAAAAGUGAAUAUAUAUCCAAAAAAAGGGCCGCAUAUUUCGAAGCCGGAAAAUAUGCGGCCCACUUUUUGGAUAUAUAUUCACUUUUUCGCCCACAUAGGCACUACUAGCACGCGGCUGGUUGCUUUUCUAGCACGGUCCGACCGUGCUAGUGGGGACGCCCAAAAAUGCCAAGAAUGAUCGCCAUGGUGCUCAUAACAGUGCCCGACCGUGCUAGCUAGUACUUUAUAGGUAUGAAACGUUUUGCAGUUUUCCAUCCAUAGCGCGGACACAUGCUGGUGCUGUCCAUGCGAGGCCUUAGCAUGGUGCUGUUGUAAUGGAGGACAAGGUUCUGGUGAACUACCGGAAAGCACCCCACGCCGAAAGGCUUGCGAUGCUACCUUAAGGGCAAUUUUCGGCAUUGGUGCUUCCGUGUGGAUCGGUGUGAACGUUCCUACGCUUGGCAUUUUACUUGGUGCGUUUGUACUACUUGGAGUCUUGUUUCCGGGUCUUUGUGUUUUGAGAAAUUUCCACUGUAGUCUAUGGAACUACUUCACUGGCGGUGCUGUUCGUGAGGCGGCGACGUCAGAAGAAGCCACGUUGGUGGAACUGUGAUAAGUUAUUAGCUGCCGCACCAUUUUACGAAUGCCACAAACAUAUCAUAAGUAUGAAUUCAUUUAUUAAGUAUAUUUAUUUCCAUCCAAGUUCAAUAUAAAUAUAUAUCCACAUUCCCAUUCGCGCAGCGUCCAUUUCGAGCUAGGGACACUCACGCAGUCGCCUCCUUCUUCAUUUUCAAAAAACUCUCCACAGGAUGUGCUUGCGCAAAUAAUCUCAGUUCGCUAUGCUACAGUGCUUAUUUUCAAACUUCCCUUUGGGAUUUUAGUCUUCAAUAUAAAUAAAUUAGAAUUUUUUCCCCUGCGAGUGAAAAACAACAAUAUCUAAGCGAUAUUGUUUUUAAAUAGAGACCCUGACGCUCUGGUGAGACCUAAACCAACGAAUCACGACGGCAGCGUGGUUUUCUUGUGUUUAGAAUGGGGGGAAAAAAUAAGCAUAGCGUCGCGAUUUCGAUUUGUGGAUUUUUUUUGGGGGAUCCGCCCGUUCCCCGGGGAUCCGCUCGUUGCCCGGGGAUCCGCCCGCUCCCCGGGGAUCCGCCUUCGCCCAGGGGAUCCGCCCGUUACUCGGGGAUCCGCCUUCGCCCAGGAGCCCGCCCGUUCCCCGGGAAUCCGGCUUCGUGCAGGGGAUCCGCCUCUUACUCGGGGAUCCGCCCGCUUCCCGGGGAUCCGGCUUCGUGCAGGGGAUCCGCCCGUUACUCGGGGAUCCGCCCGCUUCCCGGGGAUCCGCCUUCGCCCAGGGGAUCCGCCCGCCCCCCGAGGAUCCGCCCGUUCCCCGGGGAUCCGCCUUCGCCCGGGGGAUCCGCCUGCUACUCGGGGGUCCGCCCGCUUCCCGGGGGUCCGCCCGUUGUUCCCCGGGGAUCCGCCUUCGCCCAGGGGAUCCACCGGCUUCCCGCGGGAUCCACCUGUUCUCCGGGGGAUCCACCCGCCCCCCGGGGGUCCGCCUGCUUUCCGGGGGAUCCACCCGCCCCCCGGGGAUCCGCCUAUUCUGAGGGGGGUCCGCCUGCUUUCCGGGGGAUCCGCCCGCGCCCCGGGGGGUCCGCCGGCUCUUCGGGGGAUCCGCCCUCGCCCGGGGGAUCCGCCCUCACCUCGGUGGAUCCGCCUGGUCUUCGGGGGAUCCGCCCUCGCCCCGGAGGGCCGGUCCGCCUCCCGCGGAUCCGCGCGCCCUGGGUCGCACCUUUGCCCGGGGGUCAAGGAAGCCUACGAACUUUCUUUGGGUGGGUCCUCCUCAGUUCGGGGGAUCCGCCCUCGCCCCGGUGAGUUCGCUCCAGCCUCCGGGGAUCUCCCCUUGCCAGGGGGGAUCCGAUAUUCGUGCUAGCCCUUCGGAGUGCGUCGGCCUUGCGGGGCUUCACUCCCUCCCCGACAGGCACCCGGGCUGCCCGGGGCGGGUGCGCCCUUGCGCCAGAGGCUCCGGCCUUGGGGGUCCCCGCCCUUGCCGCGUUGGCGGUGAGCACGGGCACCGGCAAACCGGCGCACAUUUCUUGCUUCGGCUUGGUUCUUACAAGUUGCCAGCCUGUGCGGUGGUUGUGCUGGUUUUGACAACCGGCACAGCACAGCAGCAGCUAGACAACUUGACAGCCAAAGAGUCGAGAUGCGACAACCACACAGAAACAAGAGCCGUUCGCACAACCACCCGAGGCCUUGAGAACCGAGAGAAUGUGCGCCGGUUUGCCGCGAUGCCCUGCACUCGAGUGCGUUCCAAAAUCUUCCAAAAUGUGCGCCGGUUUGCCGCGGUGCCCGUGGCGCCGCAUCAGAGCGGCCGGCGCGCCCCCGGGGAUCCACCCGGGGGAUCCGCCCGCGCCCCCGGGGAUCCACCCGCUCCCCGGGGGAUCCGCCCGCUCUCCGGAAGAUCCGCCCGUUCUCCGGGGGGUCCGCCCGCUCCCCGGGGGGUCCGCCCUCGCUUCGGGGGGUCCGCCCCGACUCUUCCCGGGGCAAUCCGCCCGGCUGAGGUAGUGUGUACCACGGGGGAAAGGGCGCAAAAGGCGACACAAAUUGGGCCAGGGGAUUCCGGAGAGGAUUUUGGAGUCUCCGGAGGAAUCCUCUCCGGAAUCCCCUCCCGAAAUCGACGCUGUGCCGCCGGGGAAAGACCGCGAAGGACGGCGCGAAUCCGGUCAGAGGAUUCCGGAGAGGAUUUUGGAAUCCUCUGCGGAAUCCUCUCCCGAAAUCGAGGCAGUGCCGUCGGGGGAAGGGCGCCCGCGAAAGACGGCUCAACUUGGGCCAGAGGAUUCCGGAGAGGAUUUUGGAAUCCUCUCCGGAAUCUUCUCUGGAAUCCUCUCCCGAAAUCGAGGCAGUGCCGUCGGGGAAAGGGGACGAAAGACGGCGCAACUUGGGCCAGAGGAUUCCGGAGAGGAUUUUGGAAGCCUCUCCGGAAUCCUCUGUGGAAUCCCCCCCCGAAAUCGAGGCAGUGCCGUCGGGGAAAGGGCGCGAAAGACAAAGACGGCUCAACUUGGGCCAGAGGAUUCCGGAGAGCGUUUUGGAGUCCUCUGUGGAAUCCUCUCCCGAAAUCGAGGCCGCAGCAUCGGGGGAAGGCCCUCCGAGGCGGACCAAAUUGGGCCAGAAAAUCCGCGAGGCAAAUGCCGCGGGAAAUGUGCGCCGGUUUGCCGGGGCCGCCAGGUUGCUCGCAAUCCGCAGCCGACUGUGGCGAUUUAAGCACACGAGACGCCAACACAGACGCGGCGCGGUUGUGUACACAAACAGCAGCGGAGUCCAUGCGCGCGCCGCGUUUUCGGUUGCAUUGCAACACACUUUAGCACGAGCUAGCCCGAAGGUUUCCCGGGAAACCUUAAACGACCUCGCCCGAGCGGAGUCCGUUGAUUUCUAGGCUUCACAGCGUCCCUUUCUCUUUAAAUAUUCAAAGUCGGCUCUGAUGAAAUUUCGUCGAGUUGAGAUCAUUUACGUUUAUCGCCUGCAGAAGAGCCGGCAGGGAAACGCGGCGCCCUUCUGAGGCGCCCACCGCCUCAGAUUCUAGCGAAGGUGGGCGCCCACCAGACAGGGCCGCCAAAAAAACGACGGCGGGAAGAAUAUUGCACGACCACAUUCUUCGUAUGUAUUCGUAUUGUUUUUUUGAUUUCCCGGCCGCGAAACACUUCAAAAAAGUUCUUCGUAGUUUCGUUUCGGUCUCCUGCUGAAGAUGGCAUGUCGGUGAGUCGUACUUCGCAUUGUAUUUAGAGCGGGGCAACAAAUUUUGACGAGUUGUGGCCGUCCCACUUCUCACCACCCCGGAGUAUUUUCGUUCUUUACAUAGAUAUCGCAGCAGGGCCUGUCGUUCUCGUAUCGUCCAUUUCCCACCGACUUGAAAAGCCAGUGAUUGAUGUUUGGUACUCCCGCUGUCUGGGAACUUGUUGUCUCUGUUCGGUCCAUCGUCGCAUCUGCUUUAUCGUGGCUCUAGCUUUAUUUGUUUUUGUGACGCGCCUCUAUGGCUAUACUUAAUAAAUUUAAAUUGCUGUAUGUCAUCGUAUUUGUUUCACGCGGAAAUCGAAGAAAGGCUCGUCCACAGGUGGUUCGCUGUUUCGAUGUGAUGAAAAAUCUUUGAUAUGAAUUUGAAU